GUCUUCGGAUCGGAGCCGGCCAAUCGGCACCUUAUUUUCUGCGCUUCCGAUCCUCAUCUUACCUUUCUCGUUAGACACGAGAGGCAGAGUCGCCCACAAGGCCACAACCCCGCGCCGCCGGCCCGUUCCCGCAAGCGACGAGAGCCAACCAGAAUCCGCUCCUGCCGCCGCCGCUCGCCAGGCCGGACGGCUAGCUGCUCACAUGACUGCCCCUCCGCCACCUGUUCGUGUUACUUGCGAUGGCAUUGGUACAGUGCCCAAACUGCAACCCCAGCAGGAAUCAGGAUCGGAAUCUGAUUUUGAAUUGGACAGUCCUCCUCAUCUCACCAAACUAGAGUAUCAAGAAUUGGACACUACUCCUGAAUCUCCGUCCCGUGAUACAUCACCACAAUCGCCACCACCAUUGAUUGACAGAGGACCUCCAGUGUUGCCAACUUUUGGUUCUGAUAUUGAGGAAUGGCAUUCACCAUAUGACCAAGAGGAUCCAUACUUCGAAUCUUUGAUGGACAACUUCCUCAGUGCAUCCGGAGAUGUUUGCAAAUCUAUGUUACCAGCAAAGAACACUAUAUAUAAAGAGAGAAGUCAUCAACAACAAUCUAUUGAUUAUGCAGUGAGUGCCCUAAAACAUUACAACAACAAUGAGAAUAACAAGGUUAAAUAUGAGUUAAUUGAUGCUAUCACAAGCGGUGGAAUGAUAGAUAUGAAUGACGGCUAUGGUCAUGUGAAUUUUACAGCAAAAGCAAAUCAGGAAAAUUCAAAAGAGGAGCUUUUCUUUGCUGAGUUACGAUUCCACGACAAUAAUACCUAUAUAGCAACCUGUGUGCUUUCUCUGGAGGGGGAGAAAUCAGUUGGUGGACUUUGUGGGAGUAAAUAUGAUUAUAAUAAGGACGAUUGUUUUAUCGAUGCUAAGCAUUGCUAUGCUUGUGGGCGUGGAUUGAAACAUCCCAAGAACGGUGCAUUAUAUGAGGGUGGUCAUGUUGCUUGCAGCGAUUACUAUCAUGGAUGCUAGGUUGUCACAUGAUGAAUUCCUUGCCAUUACAAUAAGCACCCAAAGGACAAGCAUAAAGUAUAUGUAAAAUAUAUAUGAUUUUGGUUACAUGGUCUGGGGAGUGAAGCACCUAGACAAUCACUCGUUUGUCUAUCAGAGCUACCUCUAGCUAAUUUACGAGUAAUGUCGCAUGAUUCUUGAUAGUGUUCUUUGUACUGCUGUGUUUAUGGAUAUAUUGAUGCUACUUGCUUGCCAAGUA